AUGGAAAGUGUAUCAAAGCGGAAUAAUUUGGAGGAUGAUCUUAAGAAUGUAGAGUUUGAAACAUCUGAAAAUAUUGAAGUAAUCCCAUCUUUCGAUUCAAUGUGUCUCCGAGACGAUCUACUUCGUGGGAUAUACGCUUAUGGAUUUGAGCGGCCUUCAGCGAUUCAGCAAAGAGCUAUCAAACAAAUAGUAAAGGGUCGAGAUGUUAUAGCACAAGCUCAGUCUGGUACUGGCAAAACCGCAACAUUAGGUAUAUCUAUUCUACAAAUGUUGGACACCCAGCUAAGAGAAACUCAAGCUUUGGUUUUGUCUCCAACCCGUGAACUAGCUUCGCAAAUACAGAAAGUCAUCCUCGCCCUAGGUGACUACAUGAAUGUUCAAUGUCACGCUUGUUAUGGUGGAACAAACAUUGGAGAAGAUAUUAGGAAACUAGACUACGGACAGCAUGUCAUAUCUGGAACUCCUGGUCGUGUAUUCGAUAUGAUACGCCGUCGCAGUUUACGAACAAGAGCUGUUAAGUUGUUUGUUCUGGAUGAAGCUGAUGAGAUGUUGGAUAAAGGGUUCAAAGAACAAAUUUACGAUGUUUAUCGGUACUUACCCCCUGGUACACAAGUAGUUCUUCUAUCAGCCACAAUGCCUCAUGAGAUCCUCGAAAUGACGUCAAAGUUCAUGACCAAUCCUGUUCGGAUUCUGGUAAAACGCGAUGAAUUAACUUUGGAAGGCAUAAAGCAAUUCUUUGUGGCAGUAGAACGAGAAGAAUGGAAAUUUGACACUCUUUGUGAUUUAUACGAUACACUCACUGUCACUCAGUCUGUUAUUUUCUGCAAUACUAAACGUAAAGUUGCAUGGUUGACGGAGAAAAUGCUCAAAAACAACUUCACUGUGGCUUCUAUGCAUGGUGAUAUGGUUCAGAAAGAGCGAGAAGAAAUUAUGAAAGAUUUCCGAGCUGGGGAUAGCCGUGUCCUCAUAACAACAGACUUGUGGGCACGAGGUAUUGAUGUCCAACAGGUAUCUCUUGUCAUAAACUACGAUUUACCUAACAAUCGUGAACUUUACAUCCAUCGUAUAGGUCGAUCGGGCCGUUUCGGACGUAAAGGUGUAGCGAUUAACUUUGUAAAAACGGAUGAUAUAAAAAUCUUACGCGAUAUUGAACAGUACUACUCUACACAAAUUGAUGAAAUGCCAAUGAAUGUUUCAGACCUUGUAUAA